AUGUUCACCCAAGACUCCGGCCAGGUCUUUAAGGAAUGGACCGUCCCCCGCGACUUGGUCUCCGAACAGGCCAGUCGCAACUCGGCCAGCUGGAGUCGUCGCCGCCCGUAUCCCACCUUCACAGCUCGCGGUGCGCGAGGACCGCGGCCGCUUGUGGAUAUGGCCAUUAAUGUUGUCGCGGACAACAUAGGCGACGUUGCGCCGGGCCAUCUUGACGGUCUUCCGAACCGCCUGUUGUGGCGCGUCUGGAGCUUCCUCGAGGCAAGGGGAGUCUGUCUUCAUGCCUGGAAGAUCUUUUCUAAACUCUUGCUCGACGACGACGACAAGAAUCUCGGCCUCUACCGCUUUCGUCAGCACAUCUGCCGUCCCGGUGAUGACCUCACCCGAUACACGCAGCCGCUAACAUCGUCGCCCGCCGACUUCAUCACGCAUUUGGUCCUCACUGGCGGCUGCGCCUUUUCCACCCAUGAUCUCCUAUGCCUCGCUGCCAUGCCCAACCUCGGCGCCCUGGAGCUGAUCCAGCCUUCCGACGAGCUGCGCACCAUCUUCCCCAAGGUCAGCGACGGCCUCAUCCGCGGAUGGACUGAGAUGGACGAUCCCUUCCCGCUGCUGAGGAUUCUACGCAUCUGGGGAGACGAAACCACGUCGCAAGACUCGCUGCACUGGGUGUCCAAGUUUCCGUCUCUGGCGCUGUACGAUGUCACGGGCGCUCGGGAUGACUGGAGGUCUCCAGAUGACAUUGCUCAAGAGCAGGGCUGGGAACGAGCCGACUCGCAGUCUGGCCUGGAGGACUCCCUGAUGCGGUACCUGAUGCUAUUUGCGCCCCUUGAGGAAACCCGAAUCAAUAGGCUACGUGACCUAUCCCGGAGCAUCGACGCCGACCUCGUCUCCCUUUGCAGCGACUCUCGCUGCGCCGUCAAGUUCGUCGCCGACCGCCAGGCCCCGCCGCUUCUCGACUACCUCACCGAUAAUGCCAAGGUGCAGAUGCCCUCGUGGGACCCAGACGCCGCCGGACGUGAGGCCCGCGCCUGUCACGGCAUCGCCUUCGAGCCCUGGGCCUUCUGGUUGUACUCCUUCAUCGGCCAGCUCAGCGCCGACCGAGACCUCGCUGGCCGAGGUGUGCGUCCAGACACGCAGGCCGUUGCUGGCCCGUUUGUGCUGCCGUCCAAGCCGCUGGCGUGCCUGCACCUGGGCCACAGCGCGCGCGGCGGCAUCUCGACAAAGCCGUCGUACGUUGGCCGCGGGCUGUUUGCAACGCGGCGGUACACGUUCACGCGGGACUCGGUAGUGCGCGGAACCAAGAUGCCCAAGCCGGAGCCGAUCCCUAAGACGGAGGCGAACCUGGUCGUUUCGGAGCGCACGGCGCCGGUAUUAGCCCUGCGGAAACAGAAGAGGAAGCGACUGGAUGAUAUGCUACAGUCGUUCAUUGGGUGA